AUGUGGUCAGCACUCGGUCUCAGCCUCCUUGCACAAGAAACAACUGAUUUUCCGUGGAGUUUCUGGCCUGAAUGCUACUCGAAUGAGAAGACUGAAGAACCAUACUGCGUAUUCAGUCACCAGGGCUUUGCCGGCGGACGAGGCGUCUUCAUCCUCACCACCAGACCUUUUGCUUACGCAAUGUUGGAGAAGCCUGCCUUCACAAACCCAGAAAUUCUCGCACGCGUGAACAAAUACGAAAACCCGCCAUUCGUACAGCACGAAUUCCCAGGCAAAGGACGUGGUCUUGUAGCCAACAAGACCCUGCACCGCGGCGAUCAGAUCUUCGCAUCAACACCUAUCGUCAUCACCGACAGCGAUGCUUACGAGCUAUCAACGGAAGAACGCUACGCACUCCUAUAUCGAGGUGUGGAGACCCUACCCGCCGAAACUCAGAAGAGCUUCUGGGCACUCAUGGGCCACUUCAACGGCGACCCAGUCGAGGACAGGAUCAACACGAACAACUUCGACACCACCAUCGACGGCGUCAGCCAACAAGCACUGUUUCCCGAGAUCGCAAUGAUGAACCACGACUGCCGGCCUAACGCAGCCUAUUUCUGGGACGAGGACAUGAUGACGCAUUACGUGCAUGCGUUGCGCGACAUCCAGCCCGGCGAAGAGAUCACGAUCACAUACAUCGACAACGAGAAGGAUCGCAAGACGAGAAACACACGGCUCAAGAAGAAUUGGGGCUUCGAUUGUGGUUGCUCGGCGUGUACUGCGCAUCCAGCCGUGUUUGCUGAGUCGGAUAGUCGGCUGUACCAGAUCACCGAUCUGGCGCUCAUGCUGGACGAUUGGACGUCGGAGUCUUCUGCGACGACAGAGGUGGCCGAGCUCUUGGUCACGCUGUAUCAGCAGGAAAGAUUGGACGCAAGUCUGGCGACGGCGUACAAGUACGCUGCGGAGACGUAUAGUAGCUUUGGCAAGAAGUGGGAGGCUGUCAAGUAUGCGCGCUUGAGUGUUGAGAUGAGUAUGAUAGACAAGGGUUUCAGGCAUGCGGAUACCAAGGAGAUGAAGAAAAUGGUGGAGAGCCCGGAGAUGACGUGGAGCUGGAACAAGCGCGUUGGGCUGAGUGGGAAGUCGUGCGGUUGCAAACAUGCACACUAGGAGCGCAUCUGAUGGAUUUAACAGGCGUUUUGAUUGGGUGGGAUGAAAUCGACAUUCUUAUGAGUACAAUUUACAAACGACUCUGAAUUUUCUC